AAAGCCGGGUUCCGGUGGCCGUGUGCUGACACUUUCGUGCUACUCGAACGCACGUGGGUUCCUGGGCAGCGCGUUCGUCCGCGGAGUGGCCUGGAGUGCAGAUCCACCGACACCCUGUUCCCCAGCCUGGGAUGAACCGCUUUCUGCUGCCGGUGUCCGUAGUGGGCACGGUGAUCGGCGGUACCGUGCUGCUCAAGGACUAUGUCGCUGGUGGGGCUUGUCCCAGCAAGGCCACCAUACCUGGAAAGACUGUUAUCGUGACAGGAGCCAACACAGGCAUUGGGAAACAAACUGCUUUGGAGCUGGCUAAAAGAGGAGGCAACAUCAUUCUGGCCUGUCGUGACAUGAAGAAGUGUGAGGCGGCCGCAAAGGACAUUCGCGGAGAGACCUUGAAUUCCCGAGUACGCGCCAAGCACCUAGACUUGGCUUCCCUCAAGUCCAUCCGAGAGUUUGCAAGGAAGGUCAUUCAAGAGGAGGAGCGAGUAGACAUUCUGGUCAACAAUGCAGCCGUGAUGCGGUGCCCACACUGGACCACUGAGGAUGGCUUUGAGAUGCAGUUUGGUGUCAACUACUUGGGGCAUUUUCUAUUGACAAAUUUGCUCUUGGACAAGCUGAAGGCCUCGGCCCCAUCACGCAUCAUCAAUCUCUCGUCCCUGGCUCACGUUGCUGGGCACAUAGACUUCGACGACUUGAACUGGCAAAUGAAAAAGUAUGACACCAAGGCAGCCUACUGCCAGAGCAAGUUGGCUCUUGUCCUCUUCACCAAGGAGUUGAGCCGCCGGCUACAAGGCACUGGUGUGACUGUCAAUGCACUGCACCCUGGUGUGGCCAGGACAGAGCUGGGACGACAUACGGGCAUGCACAACUCUGCCUUCUCCAGCUCCAUGCUUGGGCCCUUCUUCUGGCUACUGUUCAAGAGUCCCCAGCUGGCGGCCCAGCCCAGCACGUAUCUGGCUGUGGCAGAGGAACUGGAGAAUGUGUCGGGGAAGUACUUUGAUGGACUCAGAGAGAAGGCUCCAUCUCCUGAGGCUGAAGACGAGGAAGUAGCCCGGAGGCUUUGGACUGAAAGUGCCCAUUUGGUGGGCUUGGACAUGGCUCAUGGGUUCCCUGGGAGAGGACACUCCAUCCCCAGAUAACCUUCAGCGAUUCAGAUGAAGCUGCAUUACCAAGGUUGCUGCCGGCCAUGCCCUCAUCAUCCUCUAGGGGCAGUGUUGCAUUGUUGGACUCUCAAGACUAUGGCUACUGGCUGCCACACCUUCAUCAUCCUGUAGGGGCAGUGUUGGUACUAUUAGAAUCUCAAGACUGUGGAUAGCUGGCUGCUCUGCCCUCAUCAUCCUCUAGGUGGCAGUGUUGGUCCUAGCGUUGAUUGUUAGCUGGCCACGUUGACUUGGACCACAGGUAGGCAUUGGCUCAGGGGGUGGCAGGUACAUGUACUCUGUUGGUUACUGGGGAGAUGGUCUAUCAGGCGCCUGCCUCCCUUAGGAAUCUAAAAGGAGUGGGUGAUAGAGGAGUCAGUCACUCUGGCUAUGGGCAGUGUCCAAUGACAGUGCACACCAAAGCUGCUGUGGUGGACUAAUUGGGCUAUUGUUAAAGAGCAGGUAUAGCUAUAGAUUUAUAUGGGCCCUUAUACACUUCUGCCUCCUCUCUGACUUGGCAGUUGUUCGAGUUUGCUUUCUGUUGCUGUGAUAAACACCACGACGAAAAUCAACGGGGAGAAAAAGGGCGUAUUUAACUAACAGGUUCUUGUUUAUCAUGGAAGAGGGAAGCCAGGCAGGGUAGGGACUCAGGACAAUAACUUGACUCAGAUACCAGUGGAGGUGUGCUCGCAGGCGUAAGUCAGAUACAUUUCUUUUAUUUUUAUUAUUAUUGUUUUCUACAGAGAGGGUCUCACUUUGUAACCCUGGCCUUCCUGGAACUUGCUGUAUAGACCAGGCUGGCCUUGAACUCACAGAGAUCUGCCUUCUGGGAUUAAAGGCAUGUAUUACUAUGCCUGGCCCAGGUACUUGUACAGGCCUACCUGCCCAGGGAUGGCACCAUCUGCAGUGGACUUCUACCUCCCACAUCAGCUAGCAGUCAAGAAAAUGCUCCACAGGCAGUCCCCCAGGCCAGUCUGGUCUAAGCAGUUCUUCAGGUGAGGUCUGCCUGUGUCCUCUAGGUAUGUCAGGUUGACAACCAAAUGAACCAUUCAGCUCUUGAUUGCAAACUGCAAAGGGUCCCUGCUACCUCAGGGAUGGUGUGGGUCUGAAGCUCUUGCCUGACUCAGAAAGGGCAGCUGUGGACACCUUGUGCACUGGAUAGUGGCUGGGGGGCUGUGAUCCAGUGGAAACCCUGGCACAGAGCCUGCCUUUGUUAGCCCUGAACUGCUCAGGACAGAAUGGAAUGAAAAGCUGCAAGCUGCUGCCUCAGAAAACCAGCGUGACCUAGGAUCAUGAUCUCUCCAGUUCCUAUGUAAUUUUAACCUUAGAAUCUCAAGCUUGUUGUUUGAUUAUAAUAACAUGUUAGGGGUAGUGGUACACAUCAGUAACUUAAGGGGGAGAGGCAGGAGGAUCAAGAGUUCAAGGUCAUCCUCUGCCAACCUGGGCUAUAUGAGAUUCUGUUAAAACAAACCAAAACAGUGAAAUUUCCAAAUAGCUGAUUCAUAGAUUUAAAAUAAAAACGUUUAUUUAGUGUGUGUGUGUAUACACACACACACACAUAUAUGUAUACUAUGUGUGUGUGUAUACAUACAGGUAUGUGCACAUGCCCUUGUAUGUGUAUUACAUGAUGGAGGUCAGAGGACAACUUGUGGGAAUCUGUUUUUUCCUUGUGAGUCCCUGAGGAUCCAAUUCGGUUUGUGAGGCUCGGUGGCAAGGGCCUUCACCUCUGACCCAUAGUGCCAGCUCUGAGUCAUAGGUUUUAUUUUAUCCUUUCUAUAUGUGAUUUAUUCCACACAUAACUUGCUAUUUAUUCUUUUUAAGAAACUAAGACAUUCAGUUGUUACCAAGGUAGUGACUUUGCAAAAACUCCCAUUAUUUCUCAUCCCCAGAACCCAUCCUGUUCUUACAUUAGGCUAUAUCAACUUUUCUUUUUUUUUUCCUUCUUCUUUGUCUUGAGACAGAGUUUUACUCUGUAGUUCAGGCUAAACUUGAACUCUCAGUCUCCUUGUCUGAGCCUCUGGGGUCCAGAGAUUACAGGGCUGCCACACUCUGUGUUUACAGUCGAUGUUUACAAUCAAAUAAAUGGAAAUAAACAUUUCUGUCACUAA